AUCAUAUAUCGGUAUAAACUAAUAUCGAAAUCAUAUAAAUCAACUAAACCCAUCACUCAACAAUAACAACUAUCAUUUAGACACUAUCACUUGACACGAUACAACACACGUAGAUAACCAUAGCCUCAAUGAAAGCUAUCGCAGUGGGCGGACACCGAUCGUAUUACUCUGUGAGCCAAACAAUUGUCAACACUGACGAGCAGUGCUGCACAAACCAUGGCCCUGUUUACAUAUCUCCUCCUGGCAACCCUACACGCAACCCUUGCCGAGGACUGCAUCAUCAACAACAUACCAGAACGCAUGGCAUUCGAGAAACAACUACGGAAAGACCUAAAAUGCAAUUACAAAAUCUUCGAUCCCCCACCACAUAACGGCUCCAGCUUCCCAGUCAACGUCAAGUUCGUGAUGAAGAGAUUCAACUUCAACAGCGAAGAAGACACUUUCUCUGUUCAGACGAGAAUGUUUGUCUCUUGGAACGACCCCCGCCUCCAAUGGAACCCGGAGAAAUACUACGGGAUUGAUGCAACAGAAAUGACAGUGCUGAACAUUUGGGCUCCUACGCUGACUCUGGUCAACUCCGUAUCUUCUGAUGACUUCGAUGACAGGUUCUACUUUGCUCGCUGCAACAUUUAUAGUGAUGGCGACGUGCGUUGUGUGCGCAGGGUGACCCACGAUGCUGCCUGUGACGUCAACCUUACAGAUUGGCCUUAUGAUCAGCAAGAGUGCAGUCUCAUCUUCGAGGCUGCGGAUGUCAGAUCGAUGAAGAUACACAUUAACGCGUCUUCACGUGUUUUCAGCAUGUGGGGGGCUGAAUAUGGCGCUGAGUGGAUCAUAACAGAUUACAAGCAAGAGACAAACUACAGUAGUAAUAAACAGUUGAAGUUGACGUUUGUAGUGGAGCGGGAGGCGCGAGGUUUAGCAGCGAUUGUGGUGUAUCCAGCGAUGAUAUUGACAGUUAUGAGUGUGACGGUUCUUUUUAUGGAUGUGAGGCGUGCUGUGCGGUUGGGUCUGGCCAGUUUCUGUCUCCUGUGUCAUCACUACUUCUUGUGUGAGUUAGCAGGGAAUAUACCGACGAAGAAUACAAAACCUCCAAAUUUGCUGUUGUACUACCGCGCCUCGGUGGUGCUAUCGUUGGUAUCAAUGCUACUCACGUGUGUGUUGGGCAAAAUAUGUGGACUCAAGUCUGCUCCUCAGAAUUACAUUAUAUCUUUCAACAAUUUUGUGUUCGAAAGUUUUGGGAGAUAUUUGAUAUUUCCUCAAUGGGAGCUCGAGUGUGACUCCGAUGGUAAGCCGUUUAGUCAAGAUUGGACAAAGUUUGCGAAUAUUAUUAAUACUGCUUUUAUCAUAGUGGUAAUUAUCACGUAUGUUUGUUUGUAUUUUAUUUUGAUGCCGCAACCUAUACCUAUUACAUAUUGAUUACACAUUGGUUUGUAAUUAAA